CUUGCACUUCAAGAUGUUGUUUAUAACCGGCAGAUCUUUCCUAGCGGGGUUUUCGUUAGAUAUAUCCAGAAACGUUAAACCAAUUGGACUCGUAGCGAACUACUGCCAAGCAGCAACUGCCCUGCGUCCAAAGAAGGCGAAAUCCACCCGAAAAGAGGCGCAGUACUUCUCCGAUGCCAAGAGGAUCCGUGCUAUCGGCGGGAAGGGCGGCGAUGGCUGCGUGUCCUUUCUGCAACUGUGGUGCAAUGAAAGGGCUGGCCCGGAUGGCGGAGACGGUGGCCACGGCGGACAUGUGGUGUUCCAAGCCUCCAACGAUGUGCGCAACUUUAACCACGUGGGCAGUGUACUGAAAGCGGAGGAAGGAGAGCGGGGCGGCUCCAAGGAUUGUCAUGGCAAGAACGCCAAGCACGCUAUGAUUAAGGUGCCCAUCGGAACCGUCAUCAGGAAUUCCCAGGGACUCAUUGUCGGGGAUCUCGGCCAGGCGGACCUCAUGUUUGUGGCCGCUCGAGGCGGAGCCGGCGGCAAGGGCAACCGCUUCUUCACAACGGACAAAGAAACGAGUCCCAAGGUAUGCGAAUUUGGUCCCAGUGGCGAGGAUAUCUCUUACACCCUGGAACUGCGGAGCAUGGCAGAUGUCGGCCUAAUUGGCUAUCCAAACGCGGGCAAAAGCACCCUUCUGAAUGCCCUGACCCGGGCUAAACCAAAAGUGGCUCCCUAUGCAUUCACCACGCUGCGUCCACAUCUGGGCACCGUCCAGUACGAUGACCACGUUCAGCUUACCAUCGCCGAUCUUCCCGGACUCGUUCCCGAUGCCCAUCGCUACAAGGGAUUGGGAAUUCAGUUCCUGAAGCACGCUGAGCGUUGCACCUUGCUGCUUUUUGUCCUUGACGCCAGUGCACCGGAGCCCUGGACUCACUACGAGCAGCUCAUGCACGAGCUGCAUCAGUUUGGCGGGCGACUGGCUAGCCGGCCGCAAUUGGUGGUGGCCAAUAAACUGGACGUGGAGGAGGGUCAAAGUAACUUUGAGGAGCUACAGCGCCGACUGCAAAAUCCCGUGCUGGGCAUCAGUGCCAAGAUGGGUCACAACCUGGGACAACUCCUGAACAGCAUACGCAAAGGAUACGACCACCACAAGGAGCAGGCAAAAGACUUCAGUUAGACCGCUUUGUUUUAGUUUUUUUAAUUGUUAUUUAUAAAUUAAACUUUAAUCUUAUAAGCUA